GAUCUUCUUCUUUUUGCCAUCCUUCUUCUUCUUCUUCUUCUUUUUGCCAUCCUUCUUCUUCUUCUAACUCCACUCAAUUAUCCCUAGCCCAUAAUAAAGAUUAUGGAAUUAGGUGUAGUUUGUGAGAAGGGUUUGGUGGAAUACAUGAGAAAGUCAACUCCACCCCCUUUCUUGUUGAAGACAUACAUGCUGGUUGAAGAUCCGGUGACCGACGAUGUCAUCUCGUGGAACGAAGAAGGGACGGCGUUUGUGGUGUGGCAGCCGGCGGAAUUCGCCCGGGAUCUCCUCCCAACCCUCUUCAAGCAUAGCAACUUUUCUAGCUUUGUCAGGCAGCUCAACACUUAUGGAUUCCGUAAGAUUUCAACAAGCCGGUGGGAGUUCAGCAACGACAACUUCCGGAAGGGCGAAAAGGACAACUUAUGCCAAAUUCGUAGAAGAAAAGCAUGGGCCAACAAGCAGCAACCCGGUGCCCUAAUCCAAGCCGAGGCGGCUGGCGCCGCGCCUCCACCGGGGCCUCAAGAGUCUGUCGUCGACGAAGACCAAAGGUCUUCUUCGACAUCCUCGUCGUCCGAGUUCAUAACCCUAGUGGACGAGAACAAGAGGCUCAAGAAAGAAAAUGGGGUGUUGAGCUCUGAGCUGACGAGCAUGAAGAGCAAGUGUAAAGAGCUUCUUGAUUUGGUGGCUAUGCACACUCGUUUGGAUGAUCAGAAAGAACAAAAUCAAGUUGAUGGUGAUCAAAGGCCUAAGCUUUUUGGUGUGAGAUUGGAAGUUGAGGGGGAGAUGGAGAAGAAGAGAAAGAGGGCUGAAGUUAGUCAAAGCGCAAGCAUUUUAUUGUCUCAAUUAGCAUGCAAAUAAUAAAAAAAGUUUCCUUAGUAAAAAAAAAAAAAAAAGAUUUUAUAUGGUUUGUUAAGAUGUAAUUUGAGUGGGGGUUUAUUUAUGGAUAGAUAAUUGUGUUUUCAUUUGAGCAUAGUGUAUUAUUGGUAGUAAUAGUGAAUGAAUGAACUGAAAAAACAGUUCAGGAAACAUAUAAUGUAAGAUAUUAUAUGUUCAUCGACAUGCAAUGUUAAUAAUACAAGGUGAUUAAAUUAGGCACAAGCCUAGUUGAAA